GCCAUCUUGGAAUCGGGACGUCGCGCGAGGGGGCACUGAGGCACGGCCGGAGAGGGGAGGGGGCCCGCGCUCUGGUAGCCAUGGCAACCGCCACCGCCGCCCCAAGCCAGGAAAUGGCGGCGGAUGUUCCUUCCUUGGGCACGGGGGUCGCCUCUGGGUCGUCGGGAUCCGGCUCCCAAUCUGGAGGCAACGCCAUCCCGAGAACAACCAAGAGGAGACCAGAGCUUGAUUUUGAUGACGAUGGUGAAGGGAACAGUAAAUAUCUCAGAUGUGAUGACGACCAGCUCCCGAACGACAAAGAGAGAUUUGCCAGGUCUGACGAUGAACAGAGUUCAGCGGAUAAGGAAAGACUGGCCAGGGAGAACCACAGCGAAAUAGAGCGGCGGCGGCGGAAUAAGAUGACGGCCUACAUCACCGAGCUUUCCGACAUGGUCCCCACCUGCAGCGCUCUGGCCCGCAAGCCGGACAAGCUCACCAUCCUGCGGAUGGCCGUUUCGCACAUGAAGUCCCUCCGGGGCACUGGGAACACAUCCACUGAUGGGACCUACAAGCCCUCCUUCCUCACAGAUCAGGAACUCAAGCACUUGAUUCUGGAGGCGGCCGACGGGUUCCUCUUCAUCGUGUCGUGCGAGACCGGCAGGGUGGUCUACGUCUCUGACUCGGUGACGCCCGUCCUGAACCAGCCCCAGUCGGAGUGGUUCGGCAGCACGCUCUACGACCAGGUGCACCACGACGAUGUGGACAAACUGCGGGAGCAGCUCUCCACCUCAGAGAAUGCCUUAACAGGUCGCAUCCUUGAUCUGAAGACGGGAACUGUCAAGAAAGAAGGGCAGCAGUCCAUGCGGAUGUGUAUGGGAUCCCGGAGGUCCUUCAUAUGUCGGAUGAGGUGCGGCAACAGCGCGGUGGAUCCGGUCUCCAUGAACCGCCUCAGCUUCAUGAGAAGCCGGUGCAGGAAUGGCUUAGGCGCCGCAAAGGACGGGGAGCCCCAUUUUGUUGUGGUCCACUGCACAGGCUACAUUAAAGCGUGGCCCCCGGCAGGGGUGUCGCUGCCGGAUGAUGAUCCAGACGCUGGCCAGGGGAGCAAGUUUUGCCUCGUGGCCAUCGGCAGGCUACAGGUCACGAGCUCGCCCAACUGCACAGACAUGAACACCGUGUGCCAGCCAACCGAGUUCAUGCCCUUCUCGGCACAACAAUCGCAUCGCCUCUUCACCUUCGUCACCACCUACGGUGUGUAGGCCACCGAUCGCCACCAGCCAAAGGAGCUCUUGGGGAAGGACAUCGUAGAUUUCUGCCACCCAGAAGACCAGCAGCUGUUGCGGGACAGCUUCCAGCAGGUGGUGAAGUUAAAAGGCCAGGUUCUGUCCGUCAUGUUCCGUUUCCGGUCCAAGAACCGAGAAUGGCUCUGGAUGAGAACUAGUUCCUUUACCUUCCAGAAUCCGUACUCGGAUGAGAUCGAGUACAUCAUCUGUACCAACACCAAUGUGAAGAACGCCAGCCAGGAGUCCCGUCCCACGUUGUCUAACCAAAUGCAGAGGCCGCAAUUGGGCCAGAACGUCAGCCUGCCGUUGGAGAUGAGUUCGACGCAGCUUGCGGGAAGGCCGCAGCCGACUCAGCAGACGGAGCUCGAUGUGGUCCAGGGAAGGGAGAGCUUAGCCAGCUAUGAACACACUCAGACCGUCGUGCAGCCUGUGAGCAGCGUCGGCCCCGAGCACAGCAAGCCGCUGGAGAAGACGGAGACCCUCUUCAGCCAAGAGAGGGACCCCCGUUUUGUCGAAAUAUACAGCAUCAGCCCAGACCAGACAAAAGCCAUCUCUGCCAGUUCCGUGCCUGCCAGCCAAUCCGUCUUCGCGCAGGGAACGGCAUUUAACCCUUCACGCCCUGCUGAGAACUUCAGGAGCAGUGCCAUGGCGCCCCCCGUGAACGUCAUCCAGCAGCCGACGACGCAGCAGCCGACCUCUGCGGGGCAGAUCCUGGCCCAGAUCUCUCGCCACUCUCACCCCAGCCAGGUCUCCGGAAGUAGCUGGGCGUCGGGGACGCGUCCGUCUUUUACAGCACAACAAGUGGCCUCCCAAGCUGUGAAGACCCGGCCCUCGUCUUUCUCAAUGGGCGCCUUCCAGAGCACCCCGUCCUCCUUCGGUUCAAUGUCGACCUCUGGCACCACUGCCUCGCCAGGUGGGGCGGCCUACCCGAGCCUUGCCAGCCGGAGCGCCAGCUUCGCUGCCGAGGGCGGGCAGACCUCGUCCCAGUUCCAGCCACGGACGGCGGAGGGUGUCGGCGUGUGGCCGCAGUGGCAGGGCCAGCACCACGGCGCGGGCUCAGGAGAGCCGCACCUCUCGCAGCAGUCGAGCCAGUCGGAAGUUUUUCCGGAUAUGCUGUCCAUGCUGGGAGACCAGGGAGCCAACUACAACAACGAAGAAUUCCCGGAGCUGAACAUGUUUCCCCCCUUCUCGGAAUGACGAGUGAAAACGGCUACCUGAAGAAGCGGCCCUUUACCUGUCUCGAUUCUGUGCAGAGGAAGCAGCAGCCGGGUUUUUCUCUGCCACUUCUUUCAAAGACUACCAAAGUCUUUCCUACUUUUGGGAAGCAGGAACGUCCAGCGAGGUGUUUGCCGGUGGCGGACUUGUUCGUCCCCAAAUGGAUAGAGCGUCUGGUAAGGCCGCACGUCUGGCCGUGGUCUCGUCCCCAACCCACUACGGAAGCAGUUGGUUUUUUGGAGAGGAUCAGAUCUGCUUUCACAGCCGUCACGAGGGUAGUUUUGCCACGCCGGACAGGAGCAGAGGCGCUCGGGGUGCGAUCAUCAGGGAUAUUUUAAAAGCUCAGUCGGUGGCUUUUUUUU